GAACAGGGAGGCAAAUUGUCGGCAAAGGAUGACAUGGCAGCAAGCCCCCUCAUGAGUAACAUUGUGACCAUUGCAAGGAAGCCAUGCGGUGUGUGCAUCGCCAUCACCAAGUGGAUUCCAGUGAUCUUUAUCCUGGCAGUAGUGUGCUGGUCUUAUUAUGCAUAUGUGGUUGAACUUUGCCUAGUAACUGUGGAGAGCUAUGCAGAAAAGGUGGUGUAUCUGAUGCUCUACCACAUCUUGUUGCUGCUAUUUCUCUGGGCUUACUACCAGACUGUGAUGACACCAAUAGGAAGAGUACCUAAACAGUUCCGCCUGAGCCCGGCCGACCUGGAGCGGUUCGAGGCGACCGAGGAUAGCAGCCUGCAGAUCCAGAUCCUGGACAAGCACGCCGCCGACGGCUGCCUGCCCACCUACAACCGCACCAUGUCCGGCACGCUGCGCUACUGCGAGCGGUGCCGCCUGAUCAAACCGGACCGGUGCCACCACUGCUCGGUGUGCGGCGAGUGCGUGCUCAAGAUGGACCAUCACUGUCCCUGGGUCAAUAACUGUAUUGGCUUCGCCAACUACAAGUUCUUCGUGCUCUUCCUGGGGUACGCCUUCACGUAUUGCGUUUACAUAACGCUUAGCACCUUGAAGUACUUCAUUGUAUUCUGGAAGGACGGGCUGCAGGGCAUGGCGCGGUUCCACAUCCUCUUCCUCUUCUUCGUGGCAGCCAUGUUCGGCGUCAGCCUGAUCUCGCUGCUCGGCUACCACUGCUACCUGGUGCUGCGGAACCAGUCGACACUCGAGACGUUCCGGCCGCCGAUAUUCCAGUCGGGUCCGGAUAAGCGCGGCUUUCAUAUGGGCAAGUUCAACAACUUCUGCGAGGUGUUUGGCGACUCCAAGGCCAGGUGGUUCCUGCCUGUGUUCUCCAGCCUGGGCGAUGGCGUGAGCUUCCCGCAGCGGCACGUGGACCUGGACUCGGACGGCCUGCUGGGCCGCCAGCGCUGGGAGGAGCACCUGCUGGAGGAGGACGAUGACCACGACUCCAGGAUGGGGCUGGUCUUCACAAACAGCGGCGCUGCCGCAGUGCCGGAGCCUCGGCCGGAUGUACGGCUGAUGGUGGGCUGAGCAGGGCGGCGCUCGGCGGCGCUCGGUGGCCGGCAGUAGGCGGCAACACUGCACGGCGCGCCGUCUCCGCACCAACGCCGAGCAGCGCUCCGUCGCCGGCGUCGCCUCUGGCCGCGCGCGUGGCUCGGCGUUCUCCUACCGG